GGGAGUUUAGAUAAGACCCUGUACUCGCUUUGGCUUAUUUUCAGCCACCAAAACUGAAAAUUGAACGGUAGUAAAAUGAGAAGCGAAUGAAUGAGAAAGCGAGUAUAGGUAUAUCGUACCGUCAAGCGAGUAGCGAUUGACCUAACGGAAGCAAAUCCCCAAUUUUCCACCGUGACGGUUUUAUACCCCACGAAAGAAGCAGAAGUCUUCUAUCUUUCUGUUCGUCAGAGUUCUAAAACCCCAGAAAACCCCAUAGCCAGAAGCUCGAAUCUCAAAUCCACUGGAGAGAGAAGAAGAAUCUUUUAAGGAAAAGAUAAGGUCGGGGAGAGAAAGACGAGUUGUAGAAAUGAGCGGAGCUUUGCUGAGGAGAAACGGUACAAUCACCCGGUUGUUACAGAGGAACACGAUCACCGACCUUACCAACCCCGUCGCCAGAAUCCAGCCGAUUCCCGUUAGCCGAGUGUAUGCAGAGACGAAGACUAGAGCUGACUUUCGGUUAUUGCAUUUUCUCAGGAAAGCCAGAGAGUAUGAGGUGUCUCCUUCGCUCUUCACCUCUUCUUUCUCAUCUUCGUCUUCUUCUGCAUCAACCGCGUCUUUUUCGAAAGUCGGGUUUGUCGGCUGGUAUCUUGGCAUGGUAAAGUCUUGGCCUGUUUUGACAAAGAGUGUCACUUGCUCGCUUAUUUACAUUGCCGCUGAUUUAUCGUCUCAGACGAUUUCACAGUCCUCUUCAGAAUCUUAUGAUUUGGUGAGAACAUUACGCAUGGCGUCAUAUGGGAUGCUAAUUUUAGGACCAUCUCUUCACUUCUGGUUCAAUUUUUUGUCAAGACUCUUUCCAAAGCGAGAUCUAAUUACAACGCUUAAGAAAAUGGCCAUGGGGCAAACACUUUAUGGACCAACCAUGACAGUUGUUUUCUUCUCUUCAAAUGCAUUUCUACAAGGUGAAAGCAGAACAGAGAUUGUUGCUCGAUUGAAGCGAGAUUUGCUCCCCACGUUGCUAAAUGGUAUUAUGUACUGGCCAAUAUGCGAUUUCAUAACCUUCAAAUUCAUCCCAGUACAUUUACAGCCGUUGGUAAGCAAUGGAUUUUCAUAUCUAUGGACAGUCUACAUGACAUACAUGGCAAGUCUGGAGAAAGUGAGCACAAUCGGGAACAAGCCAAACAUCCAGUUGACUAACUAAACAUUUGCCAGUUCUCUUUCUUCUUUUGGAUCUUAGAUUGACUGGAGAAUGCCUUUGGGGGAGUGAUAUCAACUUAAUUCUUUUAGCAUCUCUUCUGGAAAGCCAUGCUGGGGUCGAAACUGAACUGAGAAACUUACAAGCUGAUUCAACUAACUGAUAGCAACAAUUUUCAAACUUUAUCUAGUAUUCUUGAAAGUUUUAGAUACUUCCACAUGUUUUUCCAAAGCAAUGAUUUGAUGUUUAUGGGAAAAAAUUUGUUUCGUUGAUCUUCUUACAUAUGGAUAUUAGAAUUAGCUCAUCCGUUGAAAUUACUUUAUGAGAUUGCUGCUUUCCUUGUUUGGAGAGUUGACAAGGGUAGUUUGCUGCAAACUUGUCAGUUUAAUUAUGCUGCAUCCUCUUUAACAGGAAGCAUCAUGUAAUGGAAAGAAUUGAACUAUUUGUAACAGAGAAUCUUGCUUUGAGUUCAAUUUGCCAAGAUUUGCAUUCAA